UACACCAAUUCCAACGACAAAUUUUUCUGUCAAAUAAAGAAACUCACCAAAGAAACGCAAUUCUCUCGGAAUAGAUAAUCACACCCCACCAAUAUAUAUCUUGUGGCAAGAGGUUUAUGAAUGCAUGUUAGGAGGCAGUACUGCACAGAUUAAUCAUGAGUCUUCCACAAACUGCAACUAGCCCUCCUCCACAUCUGUAUCCACAGGAACUUCAGCUGAAGCUUUACCAAACCUUCAUAUUCUCAAUUCCAAUACUCUUCUCCAUCAUUCUCUUUCUCUUGUUUUACUUGUUCUACCUCAAGAGAAGGGCUUCCUCUCUCUCUUCCACUCCUCACUUGCUUCCUAGGACCAUUGCCAAUCCACCCACCACCUCUCCCUAUCAUUCCUCACCUUGUCGUUUGGAUCUGACCCUCCAUUUCCUGGAUAAACUUCCAAGAAUUUUGUUUGAUGAGGAUUUGCUAGCAAGGGAUUCACUAUGUUGUGUAUGCCUGGGGGAAUUUGAGCUGAAGGAAGAGUUGGUACAGAUACCUUAUUGCAAGCACGUGUUCCACUUGGAAUGCAUACAUCAUUGGCUGCAAUCAAACAGCACUUGUCCACUUUGUAGAUGUUCCAUCAUCCCCACUACCAAGUUCCUCAACCCAGCACCGCCUAUUAACAUUAUAUCAACAGACCCACCCCAGCAGCAUGGUGCUAUCAUUUCGGACUUCCCAUUACAAAUUCUAUCAUUGCCACCUCAGUCACAAGACCAUCAAGAAGUUGUUGGUGCUUCCUCAAAUGCUGCUAAUUUGUCAAGGGAAUGAUACACAUUAAUUAGCUAGGUUGAUUAUAAUAAUGGUCAUUAAUUAAUUUCAAUCAAGAGGAGUAUUCAGCUACACAUCAAGACCAUGGAGUAGUUGUUUACAUUUUAUGAUAUCAAAAUUUUCUUUUGCCCUUUUAUUAAUUUCUACAUUGGAAUAUUCAGCCAGUUUGUGGAAUGUACUACUAUAACACAGCUUCUCCUGUCAAUUGUCAUGACCUUUCUGGAUUGGCUAUUCAAUAACCCCAAUUGCAACAAGUUGUGGUUUUUCUUUUCCAAGAUACGAGAAAGUGUAAAAGUGUAACUAAUUCAGAGUAGCAAUAAAAAGAGAUCAAGUGUAUUAUUCAGUACUA